CUUCCCUGUGCUUUGCAGGAGAGUGGACUCACUCCAAGCCUUGGCUGCCUCCAAAGAGAGGGACAGCCUGGCACCUCUGGGAUGGAGCCCUUGGGGAUGUCCACCGUCCUCCUGCUCACCUGCAUCUCCUGCCUCCUGCUCUCUGCCCUCUGGAGAAGUGGGGCACAGCAAAAGGGGAAGAUGCCCCCCGGGCCCACCCCGCUGCCCCUCAUUGGGAACGCCCUGCAGCUCAAGACCCACCACCUGGACCAGGUGCUCCAGAAGAUGAGCGAGAAGUAUGGCCCUGUGUUUACCCUCCAUUUCGGGAUGGCUCCCGCUGUGGUGCUCUACGGCUACGAGGCCAUCAAAGAAGCCUUGCUGGACCGCGGCAAUGAAUUUGCAGCCCGGGGCAAAGUCCACUUGAUGGAGAAAACCUGCAAAGGCAGAGGGAUCAUAUUCAGCAAUGGAGAGAGAUGGAAGCAGCUCCGGCGCUUUGCCUUGACCACCCUCCGCAACUUUGGGAUGGGGAAGAAGAGCAUCGAGGAGAGGAUCCAUGAUGAAGCCCAGUAUCUCCUGGAGCAAUUCCGCAACACAAAGCAGCAGCCCUUUGACCCUCACUACCUGUUCAGCUGUGCCACCUCCAAUGUCAUCUGCUCCAUCGUCUUUGGAAAGCGCUUCGAUUACAAGGACGAGAAGUUUCAAGCCAUGAUGAACUUAAUGAAUGAGAACUUUGAGCUUUUUAACUCUUCUUGGGCUCAGCUCGCCAACACCUUCCCUACCCUGAUGGAUUGGAUCCCUGGGCCUCACCACCGCUUAGUGUCUGGCAGCCUUCGAUCCGAGGAGUUUGUUUUGGAGGAAGCCAAGGAACACAGGGCAACUCUGGACCCCAGCUCCCCACGGGACUUCAUCGACUGCUUCUACAUCAAAAUGGAUCAGGAGAAGCACAACGAGGCCUCCGAGUUCACCAUGGAGAACCUGAUCUUCUGCAGCCUGGACUUGUUUGGCGCAGGAACCGAAACGACCAGCACUACACUCCGAUAUGGGCUCUUGAUCCUCCAGAAAUACCCAGAGAUUGAAGAGAAAGUGCAGGAGGAGAUUGACCGGGUGGUUGGCCGCUCCCGGUUGCCCGGCAUGGCUGACCGUGGACAGAUGCCUUAUACAGACGCCGUCCUCCACGAGAUCCAGAGGUUCGUCUCUCUCGUCCCAGUUGGCGUCCCCCAUGCCGUGGACAAAGACACACCGUUCAGAGGAUAUGUCAUCCCUAAAGGCACCAUAAUAGUUCCUGUUCUGACCUCGGUGCUGCAUGACAGCAAGGAAUUCCCCAACCCCACAGAAUUUGACCCAGGGCACUUCUUGAAUAAGGAUGGGACCUUCAGGAAGAGCGACUACUUUGUGCCCUUUUCGACAGGCAAACGGAUCUGCGCUGGGGAAGGCCUGGCCCGCAUGGAGCUCUUCCUGUUCCUCACCUCCAUCCUCCAGAACUUCAAGUUGAAGUCCCUCACGGACCCCAAGGACAUCGACAUCAUGCCUCGGCUGAGUAGCUUGAGCAACGUCCCUCAGCCCUACAAGUUCUGUCUUGUCCCUCGCUGAAAAGAUCACCGAUGGAAGACAAAGCAAGCAAUUGCCAGAGGGUCUCAGCUUGGGCUGACCUUUGGUGUUGAGAAAAUUAUGCUGGAGCUCCUUGAAAGCCUUUCCAGCCUCAAUUGAAAGCAUGAUUUUGUAUUAAAGCUAUGGGGGUCA